AUGGAUUUGGAUUCGGUUGAGCCAGUUAUAAAUUCCACAAAGAAUAUGUGUUUGACGAGAUCGAGGCCAUUUCUGAAGCAAAAGCAUAUUAAAUUACUCCAUCAUUGCCUGAAGAUCCUUCCCAAUGCGUACUUGAGUUUGGAUGGAAGUCGGUAAGAUUUGUCUGUUAGUAUCUUCCAAAUUUAGGCAUGUUAUUAACUGAAAACAUAGAGUUUCUUAUAUGAUACUUGAUUAAAAUGUCGGGGUCUUGAAACCUGAAGAAUACGUUUGUCUUUGCAGGCCAACUCUCCUCUUCUUCUGCAUUGGCGCCUUGGACCUUCUGGACCAAUUGGACACAAUAUCUUGUGAGGCCAAACAAGAAAUGAUCAAUUAUUUAUAUCGGCUUCAGAUCACUUCAAAGAAUGGUACGAUCAGUUUCAAAAAUAGUGUUAUUUUAGGUGAUAAAUCUUAUCCAUUUUCUUUCAGAAGUUCCGCCGGAGUCCUAUGGGUUCCGAGGUAAUAUUUAUUCAUUUUUGGAUCCGGUUUCCAACUCCGAAGUUAUCUCCGAAUACGAAUCAGCUCAUAUUGCUCAAACUUACAGUGCAUUAUGCUGUUUGUUGAUCCUUGGGGACAAUCUCGAGCAAGUAGAUCGGACAGCAGCCCUGGGGGCGCUAAGGCAAUGUCAGCAAACGGAUGGAAGGUAAGAAAUUUUUAUAUUGUGCUUUAUAUUUAGGUAGCUGAGAUUGGUAGUGUUGUAUUGUACUGGAUGUUUUGUUUUCAGCUUCUCGGCCUUCUCGAAUCAAUCAGAAAGUGACAUGAGAUUUGUAUUUUGUGCAGUUUCGAUCUCCUACAUCCUCAACGACUUCUCCUUUAUCAAUGUUGAUCUUCUAUGCGACUUCAUCCAGAAAAGCGUCAGCUAUGAUGGUGGAAUUGGACAAGGACCUCAGUUUGAAAGUCACGGUAGGCUUGCUUUAGUAUGAUUUGGCGUAAUAUUACUCAUUCUUUGAAUUAUUUAUGCUCUUCCAGGUGGUUCUACUUACUGUGCGAUCGCGAGUCUCUGUCUUCUGGGCCGAUUAUGGGAUUAUUCGGUGCUGAGUAAGGCCCAGCUGGAAAAACUUAAACGAUGGGCUCUUCAGAAACAGGAUGUUGGGUUCCAUGGAAGGCCCAACAAACCUGACGAUAGUUGUUACGCGUUUUGGAUUGGGGCUACAUUAUGGGUAAGGUGAAGACUGAUGUAGAAAUCUUGUGAUUGAAGUUUUAUAUCUUGAAGUAGCCUAGUGUAAUAAAUGCGAAAUGAGUAUUUGAUGAUAGAAAUUUGGGGCUUGAAUAUGAAAGUUAUUGUUAUUGAUCCAUUAUUCUUUCAGAUGCUGAAUGCCCAUCAUUUAGUCGACGAAAAAGCACUGCGAAGAUUUCUAAUGGACGCACAAGACGAUGUGAUUGGUGGCUUUGCCAAAUACGUUGACAUUACAUCAGGUGAGCAAAAACUUCAGUUUACAUGUGCUUGACCUGUCUGAUAUAUUAAAAAUUUUUUUUAACCUGUCUGAGAUAAUAAACUUUUUACUUUCAGACAUCCUCCACACAUAUUUCGGAAUUGCGGCGUUAUCCAUCUUUGGCGAGCCGGACCUCGGCCCCGUCUUCCCACCCCUCAACAUCCCUAUGCGGGCUUUCGAACACUUGUGCAAAUUGAAUCGCUUUCAAACAUAG